UGAGCUAGCCGACGCCGAUCCCAUGAGGCCAUGACCACCAUGGCUUAUGCCAUGAUCUUGGCACCGUCGCCGUCAACCGAGGUCACCCUUCCCUUCUUCUCCAAUUCACGCAAAGGGACCCCCAUCUGAUACUAUAAUCCCGGAAUCCGGAACCCGGAACCCGGGUGCGGAUCAGCGGAUGCCUUUCCAGAGAAAAGGAAACUAUAAUCCCCGGAUCCGCCACCGGCCGGACAAAACCCCACGCUAAUCAGAUUAUUAAACUCUUCGCGGCAACACUAGCCGGCAUAUUCGCCCCAACGCUUCUCCUCCGAUUCCGAUACCUCUCUCUCGCCUCCGAUUAAUCAUCGGCUCAGGCUCAGCAGCAGCUCUCGAGUUCAAAUAAGCAAUCCAGGCCAGCAGCUUCCCUUCCGGUCCUUACUGAGAAAGAAAAUCUGGGAGAAAAUUAGGGGGGAGAGAGGGGAAGGCCAGUAGGCGGAAUCGCCAUUGGUGCAGGGAAUUUUGGAGUAGGAGGGAGGGAGGCUAUAAAUAUAGUUGGUAUAUAGGGAAAAUCACUAUAAGUAACGUAUACCGGGAUUAGGCAGCGGCCGUCCCGUCCAGGAGGAGGAGCCAAGGACAAAACCAUGGGGGACGGUGGUGGUGGUGGUGAUGGCGCCGCCGCCUCCUCGUCGUCGUCUUCGCCGGACGCCGCCGCGGGGUUCUCCUACCUGGCCGUCUUCCACAACUUCCCGCUCGUCGCCGCCCUGCUCGGAUUCGCCAUCGCGCAGACCAUCAAGUUCUUCGUCACGCGGUAUAAGGAGAACAGAUGGGAUCCUAAGCAGCUUAUCGGCUCUGGCGGCAUGCCAUCGUCCCAUUCUGCGACGGUUACAGCAUUAUCAGUAGCCAUUGGCUUCCAUGAUGGCUUUGGCAGUGCCCUCUUUGCGACAGCAACAAUAUUCGCAAGUGUGGUUAUGUACGAUGCUUCUGGUAUCAGAUUACACGCUGGAAAGCAAGCAGCGGUGCUGAACCAAAUAGUCUGUGAACUUCCUUCUGAACAUCCCUUGGCUGAAACAAGACCAUUACGUGAACUUUUAGGCCAUACUCCGACGCAGGUUGUCGCUGGCGCCUUGCUCGGGUGUAUGAUAGCUACUGCAGGGCAAAUUAUCAUUGCAGUGACAAGUGUUGUGUGAUGCUACUGUGUUCAAGGUGCAGGAGAAUUGCUAGCAUUUGCAGAGACUUGAGAAGAAGUAACUUCUCUGGUGUUUCUGUAACGUAGGUAUCUGUACGAUAUGUGAUGCUGUGAUGUAGUGCUGUUGAAGAUUGAUCAAGUUUUUCGAUAGCACAUGAUUGUAUGUUCAGGUGGUGUUCUCAGGCAGUCAGGCUUGAUGUACAGAACAUUUAUUCGAUAAAUUUGUUGUUCUGGUGAAAUCUCGAAA